AUGAUUCACCGGGAGAGGCUGUUUUUCAAAUGUGACUCAGAUCAAGCGGUUCCUCUCUAUUAUACCUGUAACUAUGAACAUCCCCCGAAAUCUCGUCGUUCCAACGAGAGUGGGCUGCGUGGAGUACUCGUCAGAGAUCUAACAACACGACAGCUCUGUCGUCUUUACAACAGUUGCGUCAUAACCGUGGCAGUUUUAUCAAUAUUACCAAGGAUACCUUCAUUCAUGUCGACUGCAGUACCCAAUCAUAUUGCAUUUUACAACGCGUUUUCAAACUCCACCAAUCACACGAUUGCUAACAAUGGACUGCCGGUCAUCAAUGAAACAGCAUACAAUGGAAGCGAUUGGGCAAAUUUUACCAAUGCCACUGAUGGCGACUAUGAAAUAAAACGUCCCAUCAUUGGGAUAGUGUUGUCUCUGUUUUCAGUGGUGACCAUUGUUGGAAAUAUUCUGGUGAUCGUCGCUGUUUUUAAGGAGAUGUAUUUAAGAACGGUGACCAAUUAUUUCAUAGUUUCUCUCGCUCUUGCCGACCUAAUGGUAGGCGGAAUCGUGAUGCCGUUCAGCAUAAGUUUGGAAAUAACCAAUCAGAUGUGGCCUUACGGCGAGGAAUGGUGCGACCUCUGGCAUUCAUUUGACGUCCUGGCGAGUACGGCAUCCAUUUUGAAUCUGUGCGUGAUUUCGCUUGAUCGGUACUGGGCCAUCACGGACCCUAUAGCAUAUACGGCAAAGAUGUCUCAAUGCAAGGUGGGCCUACUUAUAGCGUUUGUGUGGUUAUGUUCUGCUGGAAUAUCGUUCCCAGCAAUUGCCUGGUGGAAGGCAGUUACCCCGAGUAAUCUCCCUUCGCAAGUGUGCAUGUUUACAGAGGACAGUGCCUACUUGAUAUUCUCUUCCAUUGUGUCUUUUUAUUGCCCAACGUUCAUUAUGAUGUUCGUCUAUCUACGGAUAUACCUUGCCGCAGCGGAACAAAUAAGGAGUUUAAAGGUUGGGAGUAAAGUGUUGACGUCAAAUGGUAGUCAUGGCAACAGAGAAAUAAUGACCUUGAGAAUGCAUCGAGGCGGGACGAAUUCGCCGCGGAAUGGUCACGAGGACCAUUAUAGACGCGCUGUGCAUGAGGAUUACUCCCAGUCAUGUGAAAGAUGCAUGGAUAGUGACAGUACUGCUCUGACGUCACAAGAUGCUAAAUUAAGCUUACCCCACACGCAUGCGUCUAAUGGUGCACACCAUCAUAGACCGGCAAAGUUUAUAACAAAGAGGCUCCGACAGUUCGCAUUAAGUAAAAAAUUGACUAAACUUGCACGCGAGCAAAAGGCAGCGAAGACUUUAGGAAUUGUAGUGGGUGUUUUCAUUAUAUGCUGGCUUCCGUUUUUUGUUUUUAAUGUAUUACAAGGCAUAUGCGGUAUGAGUUGUCUUGUGUAUCCGGAACUACUUUUCCCCAUGUUUACCUGGCUUGGUUACAUUAAUUCCGGUAUGAACCCUGUGAUAUACGCACUGUCUAUGAGGGAUUUCAGACGUGCAUUCGGAAAGGUCCUAUUCUGCUGUUGUCCAAAACAGAGGUUUUCUUAUCAGCGGGCGCAUCAGAAAUAUACAGCUUCCACGUCUAGCUUUACAGUGUCAUGCGCAGACAGAGUGUAGUACCAACUUCCGGAAGAAUAACAAUAUUUACACUUUAUUGCAUAUGAAAGCAGUACCGAUCUUAUUAAUCAUAUGCUUAAACGAUGACUUCAAAGAGGUCACAUGUCCGACUGCUGGUCAGCGGAUAUGGCCCUGCUCAUGCGCAAACUUGACGAUGUUUAGCUUUGAUGUGAUAAUCAGAAGUCGGAAUCAUUAUUUCCUCGCUAUAUAUCAUUACUUGGUUCAUCGUUUACAAAAUUCAUGCUUUUGUUUUGUUUAAUACUCAGUUUGUUUUUCAAUAUUCGUCAUUUCGAGAAUAUAUCAGAUUUGAAAUAAAAUGUGACAAUAUC